AUGGAACCAAAUUCACCACCGCCGAGCUACGAAGAAUGUAUGAAUUCUCGUCCACACACUCCACAAAGCAGCUACUAUGGAAGCGGUGGGCAUCAAGUGAUUCCGACCUUUCCACAGAAUCCAAAUGAUAGUUGUCACAGUUCAAGAGCUGCCACACCAACUCCUCGAAUUUAUAAUCAUGGAGAGCACAUUGUGCCGAUUAUGUGCCCACCACCGCCCGGUGUACAAAAUGGUCUUCCAUUGCAGACUCGACAAGAAGAUUCAACAUCUAGCUGCACAAGUCUUCUCGUUGUGAUCAUCGGAAUUAUUAUGGUCUGCUAUGCGAUAAUCUACAUCACGACAAAGAAAAAGAGA